AUGCGGGGUUUGAGUUGUAAGCGGGGUCGUGCUUUGUGUGCCCCGUUGGUGCUGCUAUUGCACACAGAAAAGCGUCAGUUGAAACCGAUUGCCAUUCAGUUACGACAUGAACCGGAUGAUACCAGUCCCAUCUUUCUUCCCACGGACCCGGUUCAUGUUUGGCUUCAAGCUAAGCUGUGGGUCAAUCUAUCGGACGCCUGCCAUCACAUGGUCGUGGGACGCUUGCUUACACACAUGAUUUUAGAAUCAGUGUAUGUCUCUUUGCGACGUAAUUUGGCUCAAUCACAUCCGAUCUAUCAACUACUAGCUCCGCAUUUUCGCAGUAUUCUUCCUGUCACACACAAACUCAAAGAGUGGAUGUUCGAAAAUGGUUGGAUCGCACGAAGCAUACAGCUCACACACAAAGGAAUCAAGCAACUACUGAAACGGGCGUUCAAACAGUGGCGAUUUGACACUCAAGCCAAUUUGUACCGGGAACUGGAGUCGCGCGGAGUCUACAAUCCGCAUGGCCUCGGCAACUAUCCGUACCGACAAGAUGCUCUGUUGAUUCAUCGGAUAUUUGAGAAAUACGUGAACAAGUUUGUGCGCUACGUGUAUCUGAUUGCUGUCAAACCGUUUGUUUACCACUUGUUGACAGCUCGGGGUACCGAAGACCUACUUCAAGACACAGAACUUCAGUCCUGGCGACAUGAGAUCGCCAGUCCUAUGGAGGAAGGCGGUCUGGGGCUUGCUGGUGUACCUGGGAGCUCAACAAAGGUAACUCUUCGUCAUCUAGGUGAUCAAGGGAGCGAGUUCGACAAUCUCGAUUCGACUGAGGUAUUCGGUUUGAUCACGAUCGACGAGACAGUCAAAUUCCUGGUCGGAUUGCUUCAUUUAAUCGUGAUCGUGGCCGGUUCCGCGCUCCGAUUGCCCAUGUUCGAUGAGUACGGAUUCCCAGCACACUAUCCUCUGAGUUUGUUUGGCGCACCGCCCUCUGAUCCCGGUGUUUCUGAAAGUGGUCUGUUGAAUUCCCGGAUGGCUAGCAGCGCAUCCAGUCUGUCAAAUACUUUGGGCACAGAACGGAUUGUGGCCUCGUUGCCCAAUCGUCGAAUGACCGUCGAGGUUGUGCUCUACUCCCGUCUUGCCAGUCGUGUCCAGCAAUCCUUGAUAGGGCAGUAUGAAUCUGACUUCCUGUUCAAGACUCAGGCUGUGACGAUUCUGGAAGAGUAA